AUGUUUAAGGUUCUGUGUAUGUUCGCCGUGCUCGUUGUGGUGGCAGUUGGAAUGCCGCAGAAUGGCGCGGAAUGGCCAGCCCCAGGACCGAUUCCCGUAGGAAGACUUGUUAAGCGGGACAUUCCAAUGGCAUCUCAACCCGAGGCUGAGCAGCAGCAAGUCACAGGAAACGAACCGGUUGGAGCAGUAGAGGGUCAGGAUGAUAUGGAUAAGGCAGAGACGUUUGGAUUCGGAUAUCAUCACUACUACACAUAUCCCAGAUACUACUAUCCGAGGUACUACUACGGAUACUAUCCACGACACUACUAUGGCUAUUAUUGGUAA